GGUCUUGGUUCUUUCUGCCGCGGCGGGAGCGGGGCUGUGGCAGGUGGAGGGGACCGAAAUGGGAGCCGAGGCAGGUGUGUAGGGGAGACGCGGGCCAGUGAAGCCGGGGUCCGCUGAGAAAAAGUGAGAGCACCGGGAGAAUCCUCCCGGUGCCCAGAGGAGUGGUUUGAGAUAAAGAGAUGGGAAAGAGCCAGUGUGCCUGCUGGGCUGUGCCCAGGUUGAGAGCCAUGCCAGUCUGUGGGUGAAGCCUGAGACAGUAAUGGAGCCUCUGCAGCAGCAGCAAAAGCAGCCACAGCAGACUCCGCUACAGAUGGAUGCCAGAGAGAAGCAGGGAUCACACACAAGAGAAGCACAGUUCCUGUAUGCCCCAAAACUAGGCACGCAGCCUGCUCUCCUUUCCGUCACACCGGGGAGACCUUCUGGUAGUCCCGUUCUGGGUCCCUUAGGCAGAGUUCUACCAGCCACACCGGCGGCUCGAGUGUCUGAGCAGAGCAACGUGAACUCUGAGCCUGAGGAAGAGGAAGGAGGUCUGGAAGACGAAGAUGGAGAUGAUGAUGUUACAGAGGUGGCUGAAAAAGAGGCCCAGGCUGCUUCCAAAUAUUUCCACAUGCAAAAAGCAACUCGCCAAGAACCCAGAGCAGCACCCAUGUCCAGUCUGCUUCCAGCACCUGGGCUCCCACCACAGGGACAAACUAAAGAAGACCAUACCAAAGAUGCUUCCAAGGCCCCACCUUCUGUGCCCACGGCUGGGCAGCCGAGCUGGAAUCUGGAUGAGCAGCUUAAGCAGAAUGGUGCUUUGGCCUGGAGUGACGAUGCUGAUGGAGGCCGGGGAAGAGAGAUCUCUCGAGAUUUCGCCAAGCUGUAUGAACUGGACGGCGAUCCUGAAAGGAAAGAAUUUCUGGAUGACCUCUUCAUCUUCAUGCAGAAGAGAGGCACCCCAAUCAACCGGAUUCCCAUCAUGGCCAAGCAGAUCCUGGACCUGUAUAUGCUAUAUAAACUGGUCACAGAGAAAGGCGGCUUGGUGGAGAUCAUCAACAAGAAAAUCUGGAGGGAGAUCACCAAAGGCCUGAACCUGCCCACGUCCAUCACCAGCGCUGCCUUCACCCUGAGGACCCAGUACAUGAAGUAUCUAUAUGCCUAUGAGUGUGAGAAGAAAGCGUUGAGCUCCCCAGCCGAACUACAGGCUGCCAUCGAUGGCAACCGUAGGGAAGGUCGGAGGCCCAGCUACAGCUCCUCCCUCUUUGGUUAUUCUCCUGCUGCUGCUGCCGCCGCCGCUGCCGCCGCCGCCGCUGCUAGUGCUGCCUCUGCUGGGGCCCCUGCCCUUCUCUCGCCCCCCAAGAUCCGCUUCUCCAUCCUUGGGCUUGGCUCCAGCAGUGGCACCAAUACCAGUAGCCCUCGGAUACCCCCAGCAUCUACUCUCAGGAAAGGUGAUGGAGUCCCAGUGCCUGUGCCAAAUCGCCUGGCUGUGUCAGGACCUUUGGCAGGCCAGCAGGCUGGCAACCGGACUGGCACACUGGAGCAGCUACGGGAGCGUCUGGAAUCAGGGGAGCCCCCUGAGAAGAAGGCAUCGAGGUUGUCAGAGGAGGAGCAGCGCCUGGUGCAGCAGGCCUUUCAGCGCAACCUCUUCAGCAUGGCGCGACAGCUCCCCAUGAAGAUCAGAAUCAAUGGCAGGGAAGACAGAGCAGAGACUUCAGCUGCAGCACUGAACCUGACCACAAGCAACAUUGGGAGCAUCAAUAUGUCUGUGGAUAUUGAUGGCAUCACCUAUACAGGUGUGCUUUUUGCCCAGAAACCAGUGGUCCACCUCAUUGCGGGCUCUGCUCCCCAGAGCAUUGGCAGCAGCGCCAGCAGCAGCAGCAGCAGCAGUAGCAGCAGCAGCAGCUCUCACUGCUCACCAAGUCCUACCUCAUCCCGGGGUACCCCCAGUGCAGAGCCCUCCACCAGCUGGUCCCUCUGAUGAGCAGCACUCUGCACCCACUCCCUACUCUCCUGCCAAGAUUAAAGGAGAUUGAUGCACAGAGUUUACCUCACCUCAUGGAGCCCACAUCAGACACCAUCUGGCCACAUCUGGCCAAGCUCCAUUCAGGUUCUGCUGUAUUCUGGGGGCAGGACAGAGUAGCGUUGUCCAAUCAGGGAUUGUCUUGGAGAACUGGGUGGGGCAUCUGGGCAUCCAGCUUCCCCAGGGUUCCCCAGCCACCUCCCAUCCCAGAGUAGUAUAUCGACAAUCUGUAAGGCGACAUGGGGCUGGAGGCUUUUCAUUUCCCUUCCCCCUUAAUUUAUUUCCCUUCUGCUGCCUUCUGCCUUCACCCCAGGGUCACCAGACUCUUAGUCUGCGCAGUCCCCUGUGUUUAAAUCCCAUUUGGGGCUCUAGGAGUUAGGAACUUGUCUUCCUUGCUCUUGUUGGCAUGGGAUGAGCAUGGUUUGGGAAUGUGUCUUCCCAGGCCUCCUUUACUCUCUGGGUGUGGGCUUCCCAUAUCCAAGUCUUAAAUUCAUUCCUCAGGGCCCUGGAAUACCUUUUUUGUUUUUCCUAAGAAAAAAGCAUGUUAUGGCUGGCUUUGGGUUCAGGGCCCCUCUGUGUAUGGAGAGGAGGAAGCACUCAUGGUGCCCAGGCUCUGAUACCUAUCUGACAAGACUCCGUUCUGAUCCCCCAGCCUCGGCUCCCUGCCUGCCUAUGUUGGCCAACUCUUCCAAUAUAUCACUGGUCCUUGGCCCGUAACGUCGUCUCUUGGGGCCAUUUCAGCCCCACCAGCCCAAGACAUGCUGAUGUCAGGCUCACUGAAAUACCUCAGAUUUGUAAUUGUUGAUAUUUGAUUCUUCAGGAAGUAUUUGCAUCUCUGUAAUAUUUUUUAAUAUGUGUUUUACUGACUUUAAUUUUUAAAUUUUUAUUGUUGCUGUUGUAGCACCAAAGAAAUGAAAGCCGAUCACCCCAGCCAGGUGCAGUUUGCAGCCACCUCCCUCCAACCUGCCCAUGCCCUGGCCAGGAGGUGUAGCAGGUAGGGUGACUCAGGGAUCACCACAGCAGGCGAAUAGGAUGGAGGGACCCAUUCCUGCUGGUGGAUCCUGAAACCACACUGGUUCUUUCCACCACCCCCUACCCCAGCUGUCAGGGUAGGGCAGAGUAUCUGUCUGCCCUUAGAACCCUCACCAUGGGGCAUAGGCAGAGAUGGCUGUGGGCCCCGCCUGAGGCUGAGCUUCAGGGACAAGAGGAUGCUAAGAGCUCUGUCUCCUGCUGGCAUGCAGCUAGAUCAGGCCACUGUGGUAGAGAAAGGGUGGUCCUUAAACAGGGCUCCAUUCUCAUCCCACUGUGCCUCACUCUGUUACAUAAAGCAUCACCCAUACCCACCGGACUACUUGGGUUGUAGCAGUGGAGACCACGGCAUGGCCCAGCAGUCCUGACUAGGACAAGAAAGGGAAAAGCUUAUGCACAUGCAUACCUCAGCCUAGCAAGCACAGCACUGCUGACUUCUGGCUCUUAUCCCUGCUCCAGGGCACACAUUGUCAGUAACACACACACACAGCUCUUACACUGAGGUCUGACCCUCUUCUGCUCUCAGAAGCCUUAUCCACGAGGCACAUGCAGGGUUGGGCAAAGGACAUUUGGGGAACGAUGCUGUGAGAAGCUCAUUUGACCAGUGUGUCUCAGGAUUUAGUCAUGAAGGAUAGAUUCUUCCUACCCAGAGGUGACUGGGACAGGGCUGCAAGACUUUUCUGGUCACCAAAUACUCUUCCCUCAGGCAGCUUGUCCACCUGUCCCUCUCAAUGCCCCUCACUGCCCUCAAGCCAGCAGCAGGCUCCUAGCCAGAAAAUGCAAAAGCUGGGUGCCUUGUAUGCCCAGCUUUAGGGCUAUGGCCCAAGUGGCGCUUCCCCUACAGGUAUAGUCCUGGAGGCCAUGUGGCCAUGUGGUUGGCCAGGACAGCGUCCUCCCCUUCUAUGUCUUGUAUGUAUUCUAACCAGAAAGAAAUGUGAUAGCACAUGGUAGCCUAGGCCGUGAAUAAAUACCUCAGACUCCCUCUCACAGCAAGUGUCUGUAUAUGUUGUGGUUAUUUUCUGUCUUACAUGUUCUCGAAUGUUUAUAUUUCAAUAAAGCUCUACCUCUUCACAUGA